AUGGGCAGAGCAGAAACACUAGAAGGGAAGAUGAGUGACCAGGAUCCCUCAGACCUGUGGAGCAGAUUGGAUGGCGAAGCAGAUCUGCUCCAGGACUUGGGAUGGUAUCAUGGCAACCUCACCCGCCACGCUGCAGAAGCUCUUCUUCUCUCAAACGGAUGUGACGGAAGCUACCUGCUACGGGACAGUAAUGAAAGGACCGGGCUGUACUCUCUCUCCGUGAGAGCCAAAGAUUCUGUAAAACAUUUUCAUGUUGAAUAUACUGGAUAUUCAUUUAAAUUUGGCUUUAACGAAUUCUCAUCUCUGAAGGAUUUUGUCAAGCACUUUGCGAACCAACCUUUGAUUGGGAGUGAGACAGGCACUCUGAUUGUUCUGAAGCAUCCCUAUCCAAGGAAAGUGGAAGAACCUUCCAUUUAUGAAUCUGUGCGGGUUCACACAGCAAUGCAGACGGGAAAAACAGAAAAUGACCUUGUGCCCACUGCUCCUUCUCUGGGCACCAAAGAAGGCUACCUCACCAAACAAGGGGGCUUGGUCAAGACUUGGAAAACAAGAUGGUUCACCUUGCACAGGAAUGAACUGAAGUAUUUCAAAGACCAAAUGAGCUAUUUUGCAAAGACAAGCCUGGUAUUUCCAUUCAGAACAUUUUAUCUCUGUGCAAAGACAGGAGUAGAAGCUGAUGAGUGGAUCAAGAUAUUACGCUGGAAAUUGUCUCAAAUAAGAAAACAGCUAAACCAAGGGAAUGGCACAAUCCGGUCUCAGUCGUUCAUCUUUAAAUAG